AUGCAAAGUCCACAAUGGCUUGGACUCCAUCUUGGCAUCAAAACAGUAAACGUUACCGACAUCUGUUCCGGCAAAAAAUCUGGUAGAAUCAGAGCUCCAUCUAACGCACUCCACUUCUUCGCCAGUACCAAUGUUGUAUCUUCUCGAAACGCUCUUCUCUUCAGCAACUCGCACGUCGUUCACGCAACAGGCGGAAUCGUAACCACCUGUCAGCAGAAUCGAUCCGUUGCUGCUGUCGGUAACUUCAUCAAGCCAUUGCGAAGAAGAAACAUGCUUUCCGCCGUGGAGAGAGUCCAACGACCGGGCAACCUGGCAGCUGGUCAAAUCCCAUAA